GUACAGACGGCGAUGCUGACACCUACUGUCAAGCUGUAGCCUAACAGAACGUUACAAAACAUUUGUCACGUGGACCAGUUUUGUCUAGAGGUAGAUUUGUGUUUCAUGCAUUUCAUGAUUUGUGUAUUCAUGCACGUGGAAAUGAAGCUAUUAUAGCCAGCCAGACAUAAUAAAAAAACGGAGCGUAAGACUGAAAUCCAACACUUGCUAACUGCGUCCAAUACGGUCAAAUGGCAAAGGCCAAGGCAGUCGUGGAUGCAGCCAAGAAACAAAAUGGGAAAACUUCUAGGCGAACGACCUCCAAAAAGUCGCAGGAUACGAUGGAAGGGAGCACAUCAUUGAAAACAUGUACCAACCAGCCUCGGAUAUUCACUCGAAUUCAUAACAGAAAUGGACGCGAAAGUAUCUUGCAUUUUAUCUACAAAUGUAGUCUGGGCCAAAGUUUUCAUUCACAAAUGAGACAGUGUCUCCAGCAACCUUUUCUUCGCUCUCUUGCCACAUAUAAACUCCAUCGCACUACAUCCCUAUUCAACCGCCGCAUCACUUGCAUAGAAUGGCAUCCGACCCAUACCACCUCACUGGCCAUUGGAUCCAAGGGUGGAGACAUAGUCUUGUGGGACUACAAUAGGGCCAACAAGAUGAGCUUCAUUCAAGGGAAAGGAGCCGGGGAUUUCAUAGGAGGGAUCAAGUUUUGUCCGACCGACCUGUCAAAAAUCUACACUGUCUCUGGAGACGGCUCACUGGCCGUCCAGAGCUUUGAGGGCCAUCAGGCCACCACUCUGUCCACAACCCCAGACUGUGGUCACGGCCACCAUAGUCUUUGUUUUUGGUACUGCUGUGUGGAUGUGUCAGUGAGCAGACAGAUGCUUGUGACAGGGGACAAUAUGGGAAAUGUCCAAUUGCUGGGCAUUGAUGGCCAUAAGAUCUUCAGUGAGAAGUUGCACAAGGCAAAAGUGACACAUGCAGAAUUUAACCCUCGGUGUGAUUGGUUGUUGGCAACAGCAUCUGUCGAUCACACAGUCAAGCUAUGGGAUCUGCGUAACAUCAAAGAUAAGAGCAGCUUUUUCCAUAAUAUGCCUCAUGACAAAGCAGUCAACUCAGCCUAUUUCAACCCUUUGGAUUGCUCUAAGCUGCUAACCACAGACCAGUAUGACCAAAUCAGAGUGUAUUCCUCCGCUGACUGGUCAAGCCCUCAACAUAUCAUUCAACACCCACACAGACAGUUUCAGCACCUUACACCCAUUAAGGCCACCUGGCACCCCAUGUAUGACCUCAUAGUGGCUGGUCGGUAUCCUGAUGAUAAUGUGUGUACUGGUGACACGAGAACCAUAGACAUCUAUGAUGCCAACUCUGCACAGCUUGUGUGUCAGCUGCAUGAUGCCAGUGCUCCUGGCAUCAUAUCUGUCAAUAAAUUCAAUCCGAUGGGAGAUGUUUUAGGAUCUGGAAUGGGAGUCAACAUCCUGAUGUGGACUUCUAACAACAUGCUUGGCAGGGAGCAGGAAGAUCCACAGGAGCAGGCGGGAGGUGAUGGAGGACGCUUCAGAGGCCAGCCCAGGACUCGUCUGCAGCGUUUCAGCAGAGAGAGGAGAGGAGUAGCUGAGGAUGCAAAGCUGAAGAAAAAACUGGCGUCCCUGGAGUCACCAGGAGCCAAGACCAAGUCCAAGCCAUUGGAGAAUGGCAAGACACAGAAAGGCAAAAAGAAGUGAUCUAAAUGGCAAACAAAUUGAAAAACUAGACCAUGUUAAAAUAGUCAUGAUGGGUCACUCAAACCUCUAACUGUUGUAUGUACGUUUUUGUUGUUGUAUUAAAGUACCUAUUUUUUCUGUUUUUUUUUUACACUUUUAUAUAUUUCAAUAAACAUCUUUAUGCUUGCUUGAGUCUGGUA